AUGGGUAAACAAAACGAUGAGGAGAAGUUAGAUUUAUUAGAGUUUGUUCAAGUUCCAAAAAAUGAAGAAUAUCUUGAAAAAGUGGUGCCAUUGUUUGAUGACAUACAAUUUCUCGAGAACUUCAGAAUAAGCAAAACAACGUGUUCUAAUAUAUCAGACAACAAAAUUAAAUAUGGACCAUUCGGAAAAAUCUGUGCAUUUAAUCAGAUACUAAUAUUUUUAUGGUUUGCGGGACACCAAACAUCCAGCUACAGGGAUGUCAGUGAUCGUUUUAAUAUAACGUUAAGUACUUUACAUGGAAUAGUGCAAAGGGUUGCUUUCUUUUUAAGCAAUUUAUCCCCAAAAUUUAUUAAAUGGCCGAGUGAUGAGGAAAAGUUGGUGAUUGCCGCAGAAUUUGCUAAAAAUGAUUUUCUAAAUGUAAUUGGUGCAAUUGACGGUUGCCACAUUCGAAUAGAGGAAACAAACCGAUAG